AUGGUCUUGGCCUUGCAUCAUGGAAGCUUGGCAUUUGGCCGCUUGUGGGUAGACUCGCUAGGCCGGGUCGCGGUCUGUCCAGUUGUCGGCAAGCCGGAACGUUCUUCUGUGCCUCUCAGGUUUUACUUUCUCGAUCCGACGGACUGCUUUGCACUCGGUGGCAUUGGUCAGUACAGAGCAUCUUUCUUACGUUUGCGCACUCAUGUUCUCGAGCUCAUCUUGUCGAACUCAGCUUUGGCUUAUGCAGCAACAUACCUCUCGCUGAUCAACAAGGAUCUGCACAUUCGCACAUUUUAUACAUGCACGACAGUCCGCAGUCGCCUGCAGUCCGAACAAAGCAUCCAUUUCGAAAAGAUGUGCAAAGCGUCGCCGGAGACAUGCCAUCGCUCGAGGGUCCUGCAGCAGCUGGAGACCUGGGUGCAAUUCCCAGCCCAUGCUCAGCUUCUUUUUGUACAGAAGCUGGCCCUGGAGCUCUCGGAGCAGUUGGACGUGGCAGGCGAUGCCUCGUCAAGGUGCGGCGCGGACACCGAUCGCAAUGAGCAUCAACAGCCGUCAGCAUUCCCGCAUGCUGCCUCGGUGUACGUUGCCACGGCAAAUGGCGAGCUGACCGCUUCCACCCGGUCGGGUGCAUCGGAGGACAGCUUGGAAGAGCAGCACGACGAUAUUUCAGAUGUUCCUAACGAGCAGAUUCCGUGA